GGCCAUUCGGGCCUUAUAAAUGGAUCCGGGUCAGAUGCAAACGGGUCAAAUGUGAAACUUCGAGGCGUUUUCCUCAAGAAAAGAAUCUUCUCACAUACAUCGUCUCCAUUAGACACAAAUUUUCAGAGUCGGCGUUCAUCACCGGAAACUUUCGAUUUCUUCUCUGAAAAUUCGUGUUCUUCUAGCUACUAUAUAUAUAUAAACAAUGGCGCAGAUGAAGUUUCUAGGUUGUCUCUUCGUCGCGAUUCUUCUGCUCGUGCCUUUGACUUCUGCCAAGUCCACCGGCUUUAGCUAUUGCAAUAAGAAGACUGACUAUGCUGUCAAGGUCAGCGGACUCGAGAUAAACCCGUAUCCAAUUUCCAGAAGCAAGAAUACCAGCUUCGAAAUUUCUGCGACUACAAGUGAAGCAAUAUCUGAUGGCAAACUUGUAAUUGGUGUUUCGUACUUCGGAUGGCACAUCCACGAUGAGGACCAUGAUCUUUGUAAAGAAACAUCAUGCCCUGUUUCUGUCGGUGAUUUCGUUGUCUCUCACUCCCAGGUUUUACCUGGAAUCACACCACCGGGUUCGUACUCGUUGAAAAUGACUAUGGAGGAUGGGAAGAAGAAGCAAUUGACCUGCAUUACCUUUGACUUCAGCAUUGGGUUCAUUGCAGAAGAGAACUUGGCGGAUAUGUAAUUAAACGGUCCGGGAUUUGUUAUUUUGCCCCCCCGUUCCCAAGUCUUUUCUAUGUUGUAUAUGAAUUCUUCCUCGUUCGUAACUUUUGCUACUUAUGACUGUUCGUUUUGUACUCUACUGUAUAACGUUGAAAUAUGAUUAAAGACUUAUAAAUAAACAACUUUUCAAAACAUUUGUGC